AGCCUCGCCACAGGCCCACCUACCUAGCGUCCAACUUCCGAAGCUCGCCUCGGCGUUUCGCUCCUCGCCGCCGCACGCACCCGAUGCCGUAGGUAGAAGCGUAGAACCCUAGCGCCGCACCCCCGAAGGCCGACGACGCCUGGAGCCUGGGAUGCGCCCCGCUGCCGGAUGCUCCUGAGCUCUCCGCGCCGCCGCACGAGGCCUCAAUCUGGUGCUGAGUGCUGACUACCAACCCACUGAGGAGAGAAUAUUACACUCACAUAGCUGAUAGUAGGAUGAGUCUCUGUACAAUGGCAAGACGGCUAUGUCUUACAAGACUGUCCUCUUGCAGUCGUCUUUCAGCAAUUUGGGCUCAUUUAUACAGCACCGAGGCUGCGAAGGACUCCGGUGCUAAGAAGUACAAGUACCCUGAAGUAUAUGACCCAUUUGGGCCUAUGCCACCACCGUCAGAGAAAGUUGUGGAUCUGGCUGACCGUAUUGCUGCUCUCCCUCCUGAGGAGAUCAAACAGAUUGCUCCGGUCCUCCUCCUUAGACUGAACCAAGAGCCACCACAGGCGAUAUCUGGCCAGGGUUUCAGUUUUGGUCCUCAGGGUGGUUCUGGGGCUGGCGCUGCAAAGGCUGAGGAGAAGAAAGCGGAGAAGACAGUCUUUGAUGUCAAGUUGGAGAAAUUUGAUGCUGCUGCAAAGAUCAAGAUUAUCAAGGAGAUCAGGACAUUUACAGAUUUGGGGCUGAAGGAGGCGAAGGAGCUAGUGGAGAAGGCACCAGUCAUUCUGAAGCAAUCGCUCACAAAGGAGGAAGCGGAAGCAAUCAUAGAGAAGAUAAAGGCAGCUGGUGGUGUUGCUGUGAUGGAGUGAAGGAUCAUCAACUGAACACAACAGACCUUUUCUUUGUUCCUAUUUUUGUUACCAUGACCAGGCAUUUGAGAUUGCACAUUGCAGUGGCUCUAUGCCGAUGGAGGAAAUAGUUCAGCUACGGUGGUAAACAAAGCGACAAUGGAACUAGAGAUUUAGUUGCUAUGAUGAUAGCCACGACUUGUUCUAGAAUAAGCUGUUCUUUGGGCUCUACACAACUUUUCUGGUGGAAUGCCUUGCACCAUAACUCAGUGUUGCCAUGAACCUGAUGCCUCAUACCUUCUGUUUAUCUUGUUGUAUUAUGACUUGAAAAUGCUUCACGAUCGCUUAGGGGCCCUAAAAUCUUCUCUGCCAAACAUAUCUAGCGAUGUAAGAAUAUCAUUGUUCUAUUGGUUUGUCCAAGAAAUCUCAUGUUCUUCAUUCAGUAUUUCA